AUGGGCGGCGGCGGAAAAGUCCCCUACCCCAAGCACGUCUGGUCCCCGGCCGGUGGUUGGUACGCGCAGCCUUCCAACUGGCGAGCCAACACCCUGAUUGCCGGCGUCGUCAUGGCCGGCAUCGUCGCCGUGACCUGGAAGUUCAGCGCCGAGCGAGAAACCUGGGCGCACAGGCCCGAGCCCGGACAGUGGUACGCCAGCCGACGCUGGUCGAAGCAGCUGGUUCAAUGGGACAAGGAGGAUGCGGAGAAGGCGGAAAAGAGCUCUUAG